AGGCUUGGAAUAAUAAGAUUAAUCUUUUACUUCUAAAAAAGUUGAACUUCUCAAUGUUUGCUUAAGAUCGAAGAAAACAUCAGGAUCUGGACAUUUGCCUUGUUCCAGCACAGGACAAAAACUGUUAAAAUUCUUUGAUCUGUGGACUGAACUGAGCAAUCCAUGCUUUAAAGCUGUUUUCAUUCAGUGUAUCUUAAUUCGCAGUCUGUUGCUCAUUGGUUCCUCUGGUGAAGUAACAAGCCACACAACACAGGACAAGAGGAAAUAAAGUGAAGCAACAACUGACUUCACCCUUUACUGCCUUGCAAAUCUCUCUCUGGUGAACAAACAGAGCCCUUUGCCCAGACAUAUCAGCUCAGCGUUGGCCUGCAUCUGAUCUUCUCACAGCUGAUGGCUGACCCAAACUUUCAGUCGCCUGCCACUGCCUCACCGACCAAGCUAGACCAAGUGCAGGGUCAGGUGAACGAGGUGAAAGUUAUUCUGAAAGACAACAUCAACAAAGUGCUGGAACGAGGGGACCGAUUAGAUGAUCUCAUUGGCAAGACUGAUGGCCUGCAAGCGUCUGCUGACUCAUUCCAAAGAACAUCCUCUCGGGUUGCCAGGAAGUACUGGUGGAAAAACAUUAAGAUGAUGAUUAUAAUAGGCGUGAUUGUGCUGAUCAUCAUCAUCCUUAUCAUCCUCUUUGCUACAAAAGUAAUAUAAAUCCAACCACUUGACUUUAACCCCGACAUUUACUGUUGAUUACCAUGAUAUAAACAUGUUGCCCUCAACAGAUAGGAGGAUGAUAGUGUCCCCAAAUCUAAAACUUAUGACUCCUAUUAUACAUUAACUCUUACUUACUGUUUUAUUAAAUUUUGACCUGUUUUGACAUUUGACAAAACACCUCAUACAAUGUGACAAAUUAAAUAAUUCAUUUUUGUUUAAAAUUUAAUGGAUUUUCCAUGUGAUUCCCCACAUUGAUGCUCUUCCAAAUCACAUCUCAAUGGGAAAUUAAUUUAUUUUUGUUACAAUCAUCAUGGUUGUUUUCAUGUUAGGUUAAAAUAGGGUAUUUUACUGUGAUAUUAGAUGCUUUUUUCUCCAUAAACUUGUUCUGUAAAACCUUAAGAACACGCUCUGUGCACUUUGAAGCAUGAACUGAGGUUUACCAUCUACUUAUUGAUGUCAGAGAGGACAUUUAUACAUUUUAAAUAGACCUGUGAUUGAAUUGAAGGUAUAAACAGUACGUAAGAGGUUGCUCAUAGAACGCAUCCAUGGACACUUUCAUCAUUUGAAGACAUUUCUAUGGAUGGCUUAAAUAGUGCAUUGUCCAGAUAAAUCCAUAGUAUUUCCAGUCCUUUAUGUAUAUCAUGAUUUUAAAGGGUUAAAGUAAAGUGUGUCAUAUUUGACCUCCUCUGCUGUGCUUAAGACUGAAGAUAAUGUAAUUUAAGAAUCUUACCUACAGACAAUUUCCACUGUGUCAUUUAGUACCAAAUUGCUUUUAUAGGUGAGCUCAUCAUAUUCUACAAGAUUUUAUAUUUCCAGAUCAAAAUAUUUAUGAAAAUACUUAAACCUGUGUAAAAUUUCUUGAACAGGUUACUCUGUGAUGACAUCUUGUACUGUGAAGUUAAAAACCAGAGUUGUAUAUUUCAAAAUGCUUAAAGUAUGUCUUUUAACACUCCAACUGUCAUUAACAUGUAACACAACAGAAAUACAUUUCACAAAGGAUCACGACUACAGAUACGCAAUUUUAAGUUUUGUUUUUUUUUUUUUAUUGUGGCAUUUCUUGAUGACCAAUACACUGUAUAUACUGUAUGUUUAUGAUGCUCAAAACUCUGUAAUAACACAUGUAUUAUAAGACUGAUGACUAUGAUAAAGAGCAUAAACUGUAAAGAUGCAUUGUGUUGCUUUGCUACCACCGUACUGUAAAUAUCAGUGAUCUGUUCCGACCACUCAACUGUUGCCGCUGUGUAGUAAAUGAUGUGAUUCACAAAGGGCAUUUUAGAACAUUAAAUACAAAAACAAGACAGGAUAAGGAACUCGGCGGAAAAAACUUGGCAGUAAUCUAAAUAAAUGCAAAACAUCAAAAUCCAAAACGGUAAGAUACAACAAAUACUCUGGUAAAUAUUGAGAAAAUGUAGGUCAUAGUGCUCCUCGUUAUUCUUUUUUUCUUUUUUUAAAUCCAGUUACAAAUGAACUUUGCUGGAUACCAUCAUCUCUCUGGAAAACGCUCCUCCUGUCCUCACGACAGCAGUCUUUGAACACUCUGAAACCUAUGAAAAACAAACAAAAACAAUUUAGCUAUAGAUGAAAAAAAUUACCGUCAGGCUUACACCACAAAAAUAGGAAUCCCUCGUGUUUAUAAUGUCCAAUGUAAAAAGCAAACUGAGAACAAUUAUUUUAACAUUUUACAGUUACAAAAAGUUAGUCCAUAAGCUAGAAAUCCUGAAGUGCAAUAAAUUGAAGUCAAAGCCAAAAUACUAAAUGGAAGAAACCUUCAAUUGGUCAAAAAAAA